CAGCUGCUCUGCUCAGCCCACACUCUUCCCCACAUCACUGACACCAGUGUUGGGAGGGUGCUGGGCUGACAGAUGCUGGGGAGGGCUGCCCCGCCGGCUCUGUGCAAGCAGAGAAAGGCAAUUGACUCCAGAGCUGUUGUCCAAACCUCUGCAUAUUGCCCUCCCGUCCCUUGAGUAGCGUUCCAUGACGGGCAGCCCCAUAGAAGACAAGGUCUGUGCUCCUUGCCCACCAUCCAGCUCUGGCGGCUCUUUGCCUCCCCACUGAUGGACGCGUCUUUCUCCUUUCAGCCCGAUGUUUCUGCUGGAAGCUGCUGGGCUUUUCAAGGAUCUCAGGGCCACGCUGUCAUCCAGCUGCCAGAGAACAUCUGGCCCACGGCUUUCACUGUGUGGCACGUGUCCAAGGCAGUGUCUCCCUCUGGGGAGGUCAGCAGUGCCCCCAGAGACUUUGCCAUCUUGGGAGUGGAUGAGGAUGAGGAUGAAGAGGAAACUCUCCUGGGGUCAUUUGUUUAUGACGUGGACGGAGAGAUCUCCCAGACCUUCCACGUUCAGGAGAAGCCCCUUCAGUCGUAUCGAAAGUUCAAACUGGAUGUGCGGAACAACUGGGGAAACGCGGAAUACACCUGCGUGUAUAGAGUGGAAAUCCACGGAAACCCCUAAAAACCCCUAAAAACCCCUAAAAAUCCCUAAAAACCCCUAAUAAACCCUAAAACCCCCUAAACUCUGAUGUCUA